CAGAGGAGGGGGUCCCGAUCGUCACAGGCCAGCAGUAAGCAACCCGCAUCCAACCGACUCACUUCCACCCAUCACAACGCCUCUAAACCAUAUUCCUUUUCUCCCUCUCUCGUCCUCCACCCGUGAACCAGAAGAAGAAGAAGAAGAAGAACACCCGAGCCAGGACAGGUUUUUCUUGGUGACAACACUCGGUUCAGUAUCAGAUGUAACCCCACAGGAUAAAAACGCUCCUUGCGUCUGCGCUCUGCGUCUAGUUUCCUCGUCUAGUUCGGCGUUCAGUGAUUGAGAGAGAUAGAGGAGAGAGAGAGAGAGAGAAGAAAUAAAGACAGGAAAAGUAACAGUGAUUUUGUCGAAUUGGUUUUAGGUAAAAGUUCGCAACGCAAAGGAUUCAAGUUGAAGUCCCAGGUGACAAUAACGUGAAAGUUUUAUUGAUUUUUUUUUGUUUUGAAAAGUGUUUUAGAGAGAGAGAGAAAGAGACAGAGAGAGACAGAGAGAGAGAGAGAGAGACGGAGAGAGAGAGAGAGAGAAAGAGAGAGAGAGAGAGAGAGAGAAUAUUCGGUUUGCAGUGCCAGGAGGAGGUAGAUGUCCUGAGUGGUCAUCGGUUCCCACCACUGGAAUGAGGACAUCCUAUAGCGGGAGUGUGCCGCCUGUCUCUACUGCUGCCACUAAGCCCAACCAUCCUCACCUCCUCACCCAAGCCUCCUCCUCCUCCUCCUCCUCCUCCUCCUCCUCCUUCUCCUCUUCUGUCUCCUCCUCCUCCUCCUCCUCCUCCUCCUCCGCCUCCUUCUCUCCGUUCUUUUUCUUCUCUCACAUCAGCAUAUCCUUUCCCUCUGAAGCCCCGACAGUGUGAACGACCCUUUCUGGAAAUCGGGGCAGAUCCACUCAAGCCAAAUCGCAGAGCGAGAGGGAACCCUUCGAUGACUCUUCUGAUGUGUCGAUGCGUCGUCGGGUCAAGGAAUAAAAGGAACAGCUGAAAUCCUCUUGCUCGCAUAAGCGAAGAGCGACUUCGAAAUCGCACGAGGGUAGGGAGAAAACAGAGGAUCCUGAGUGAGCGAGUGAAAAAGUACAAGUCUCAAUUCCUCUUCGCCAUUUAGAUUAUAAGAGAGAAAACUAGAAACGACUCAACUUGAUCAAAAUGUGUCUAUCGAGAGAUUCCUCCGGAAGAGGGAAGAGGGUAUGCAUGGGCAUACUGGGCUUCAUGGACUCUUUGCUCUCGAUUUUCAUCUUCGCCCCCCUCGUCGUUGGGUACUGGCGCGGGUGCUGGCAGCUGAUGGAUCACUACCUCUUGCCCAACAAAAAACUCAUCUCCAUCAUGACGUCCCUGGCCAUAGGGCUCUUCUCGGGGCUCUUCUUCUGCCUCAUGCAAGGGCCCCUGGGCUCCCUGUGCGACAACGACAAACGGCCGAGGAUCCACUUGCUCGUCUCCAGGCUGUACACGAUGAUCUACUGCGUGUGUUGCGUCAACCACUGGCGCGGCGUCUGGGCCACGUGGGACUUCUACACGGGCACUUCGUGGCAGUCGGGGGCCACCUCCGCAGGCAUCGGCCUCCUGACGUUGUCCAUCACGAGGGGGCUCAAGAAUAUCCUCGCCCCGCCUUUCCUCGUCGUCACAGAUCACCCUGAGGAGUACUUCAAGGUGCCCACGCUGUUCAAUGCCAAGAGGGAGCGAUGCGGGUACUUCCUACUGGACACCGUCUUCACGGUGGUCGUCACUGGGUCCUUGGUUGUCUUCGUCUGGAGAGGAACCUGGGUCUUCCUGGACGAAAUGCUGUUCCCUGAUCAACCCAUCUACUCUGCCUGGGGUUCCAUGGUCCUAGGGAUGACGGUGACGCUGCUUGUCUUCGCAGCCCAACUGCUCAUCAUCCCCUGCUUCAAGAAGAUCCGGAAGGGUCUGGGCAAGAUACUGAUCGAGGACUCGUAUCAUACCAUCUGUUUCAUCGGGGACGUGAACAUGUGGCGGGGAGUCUGGGGUCUGCUGAAUAUAUAUCUACUGCCAGAUAUGCCAGUGGUGAGCAACUUCAUAACCUCCAUAGGAGGAAUGGUUAUCCUGAUGUGUUUCUACAACGGCAACUCAAUCCUGGUCAGGGGAGCGGUGAUGGACGGAGCGGAGGACGGCUGUAAGGGCAUCAUAUUCCCGACGCAUUACCUGAGACAUUUCUACAAGCAGAACCGAAACCGGAACGACUCCCAGAGGCCCGACUACUGGGCGAGAGACGAGGAGGUUCGAUCCCCCCUGCACAUCACCGCCCCCCUCGAAGCCACGAUCACGAGUAAAGCCAACGGCGUCUGCGACGGACGGAGCUUCACCGACGGCUUCAACGACGCCUACCGGAGCGCCUACGACGAGGACGACGGCAGGACUUCUCGGCCCACGUCUUCCUUCUUGACUCCCGACACGGUCUCGACAGCGGCAAGGCUCUCCAUGGCCAGGAGUCGCCUGGAUUCCAGCGAUCUGGACUCUCGCGCGCACCAGACGGAGACGCCAUUGUAAUCUCUCCUUGAUUAGACUGUGAAAUGUUCUCUUCAUAUUUCUGAGUCAGAUAAGUUUAAGAAACGGAAGCCUUCUCAGUAUAAACUGCGUGCUUUUGUUCAAUGCGUUCCGUGCAUAACGCAAUCUGACUCGCCAAAUUAAUAUUCUUUAUGCACUAUAUGCCUUCAGUGCUUUUGUCCCACUUAUUUUUCACACAAGUAACUGUAAAUAUACUUGGGAAAUAAAAAGAUUUAUUCCUUAGGUUUAGAUGGGCACAAAAUACUUCAUUGUUAUCCAUGUAACCUAAGUAUGAUCUUUAUUGCUAUUAGCUGCCCCAAGAUUCCAUUUACUCUAAAAAAAUAAACUUUUAUGAAACACAAUUCUAUACAUUUUCUCGUAAUUAUAUGACUCUAUGACACUAUUGUUAAGAAAGGACAAAAUUAUUUUAGUGAAAACUAUUCUGCAUUUAAUAUUACACAAUCAUAAUUGUUGAUAUAAUAUGAUUUCUUUGCAAGUAGAUUUAAAUGUGUAUUUCGUUUACAAACUAUUUUCUAUAAUCGCACCAAGUUGCAACAAAUAUAUAUUAUAUAUAAAUAUGAAUACAGAAUUUAAGAAUUCAUCUUCUAUUCAAUUUUAUAAUGUAUGACAUAUUUCCAAAGUAAAAAUUCGUGGUUAUGUACUUUUAUAUCAAUGAUUCUAAAAGAAUCGCUUCAGGCUGCAACAGACGAAACUAUUUAAAAUGAAUUUGUUUCAAAAAUGUAUACAAUGGCCAGUAACCUUCAAAAAGUAGAAAAGAUAUAUAAUAUCUUUCUUUCCUUCAAGUUUAUUAUUGUACAAACUAUAGGAACUGGGUUCCAUGACUUGUAAUUAAUGUUCUUUAAGUUAUUUAACAGGGUUUAUGUUGAACUGUAACUUAAACUACAAGAGGCUUCAUGAAAGUUAAUUUCUCUUUAAAAAUGUAUUAGCAGCGAGGAAAAUCAUUCUUUCAAGAGACACAAAUUACACUGAUAAAUGAUAUAUUUCAUAAAUGAUAUAUAUUUCACAUUAGGGUUUCUUCUAAUGACGCAACAGAAUUUAUUUCAGUACACCAAAGCCCCUAAAAAAUUGUUCUUCUGCAGAAACAUUUCCUGAGGGGAAGGUUGAAAAAUCAGGAGACUUUAUUUCGAUAGGGACUAAGUCCUAGUUUGCUGGUAUUACUUAUUAAAUCCCGGACAACAGAGAUGCAACGGAGUGCUUUUUAUAUCUUCAACUACUGAAUGUUCUGUUAUUCUGUUUUAUCUGUUGAAAAUGAAGGUCAAAAACAUUACCCAAUUUAUGACAAAUAUGUUAAUGUAUGAGACGUUUAAUGCCAGUGGAUGUAACCAAAGUAUUUGUAUAUAAGACUGAGUACCUAUUUUAUUGUUAGAUUUGUAAACGUAGGUUAAGUUUUAUAUAGACAUUUUUUCUAGCGCCAGAUGUGGAGGGCUUAGUAAAUAUAGUUUUCUAUCGUCAUAGGAAACGACACUUUGCUAGUAUCAAUUUGGUCGGCUAGAACGUUUUACCUACAAUGUACGUAAGGAUGAAUAUUUCACAAUAUCUGUAUUUUUGGUAAAAUGUAAAAGUUGUUAUAAUUUUGUAUCCGAUGUUAUAGCAUGUCUGUCUGUCUGUCUCACUGAUACCAUCUUCUCUCCUUGUUUCUUUCCUCUCUCUCCCUCUGGUACUAUCUUCUCUCCUUGUUUUCUCUCUCUCUCUCUCUCACUGCUACUAUCUUCCCUCCUUAUCUCUCUCUCUCUCUCUCUCUCUCCCUCUGAUACUAUCGUCUCUCCUUGUUUCCUCUCGCUCUCUCUCUCACUGCUGCUAUCUUCUCUCUCUCUCUCUCUCUCUCUCUCUCUCAAAACUGACUUCCUGUUUAGCUUAUUGUUCUAUUGUUUCCUUAAGAAACUGAUGUAUAUGAUUGUCAAAAUAUAUUUAUACUCAGCUUUGUACAAAGGGCAAAGAUGCGCAUCUUUAUAGUCAGAUAGUAUUAAAAGAUCUUAGUUCUAAUCGAGAAGCAUUUUGAAUCACUGGCUAUUUAACUAACUGAUCAAUUCAGAUGAGGAGAUCAGUGUGCCAAAAGACUCAUUCUUAAUGUUUUAGUUUUAUUCCAAUCCUGAAUGAAGGUUAAGUUAGGGUAAUGGAAUAAUAGAUUUUUUUUUUUUUUUAGAAAAUCUGCAUUAUUUCAGUGAUGAAUGCGAGAUAAGGUUUAUAUUUAUAAUGAAACUCUCUUAGGUAACAACUAAUGUACACUAAUCAUCAAUAAAAAGACUAUAUGUA